AAAGGAGGAGGAAGGGGAUAAAGAAAAAGGAGGGCAUAAAGAUAUAUUCCCGUGACCAAACACUACGCAUUCUCUUCCCUUGUUUAGAAUUAGUCCGGCGUCAACUGUAUUGACUUGUCUCCUCCCUCUCUAGUCUCCUUCCUUCUCGUUGCCAGAAUCGAUCAUUUCCAGCUUUCUCAUUCUUCUUAGCUUCGGAUCCGUAGCCAAGGUUUUGAGUAUCAGCCAAGAUGAAUAGUGACAAUCUCAUGGAUAAAGUUACCGCCUUUGGUGAGCGCCUCAAGAUCGGAGGCUCAGAAGUGAGCAACAAGAUCACCGCCGGUGUGAGCUCCAUGAGCUUGAAAAUGAAGGAGCUUUUCCAAGGCCCAAACCCAACUGACAAAAUAGUUGAGGACGCUACUUCGGAGAAUCUAGAGGAGCCUGACUGGGAUAUGAAUCUGGAGAUAUGUGACAUGAUUAAUCAAGAGACGAUCAACAGCGUUGAUUUGAUCCGUGGGAUUAAGAAGAGGAUCAUGAUGACGAAGCAGCCGAGGGUUCAGUACCUCGCCUUGGUUUUGCUUGAGACGUGUGUUAAGAACUGUGAGAAGGCGUUCUCUGAGGUGGCGGCUGAGAGAGUCCUUGAUGAGAUGGUUAGGGUGGUUGAUGAUCCGCAGACGGUUGUGAAUAAUAGGAACAAGGCUUUGAUGUUGAUUGAAGCUUGGGGAGAAUCGACCAGUGAGCUUCGUUACCUACCAGUUUUCGAAGAGACUUACAAGAGCUUAAAGGCGAGAGGUAUUCGUUUCCCUGGACGAGACAACGAGAGCUUGGCACCUAUCUUCACCCCUGCUCGGUCAGCUCCAGCACCAGAGGUGAAUGCUGAACCUCCUCAGCAUGCGCGUGAGCCUGAGCGUGUUCAGUAUAAUGCUCCUGUGAGAAGCUUUACCGCUGAGCAGACAAAGGAAGCUUUCGAUAUAGCAAGGAACAGCAUUGAACUUCUUUCCACGGUUCUUUCAUCUUCUCCUCAACAAGAUGCUCUACAGGAUGACUUAACAACGACACUUGUACAACAGUGUCGUCAGUCUCAAACCACUGUCCAAAGAAUCAUCGAAACAGCAGGUGAAGACGAGGCUCUUCUCUUUGAAGCCUUGAAUGUUAACGACGAGCUUGUGAAGACUCUGUCCAAGUACGAGGAGAUGAACAGACCCUCUGCACCGCUAACUGCACCUGAACCAGCCAUGAUUCCCGUUUCUGAAGAGCCUGAUGACUCUCCACUUCAUGGAAAAGAAGAGUCUCUGGUCAGAAAAUCGUCGAGUACACGAGCUUCGAUCCAUGGAGGUGGUGGGAGUGGGGACGACAUGAUGGAUGAUCUCGACGAGAUGAUAUUUGGCAAGAAGAGUGGCGGUCACGGCGGUGAUUCUUCCACCGAUAAGCAGCAGUCUUCGUCUAAGAAUGAUGAUCUCAUUCGAUUCUGAGAUGGUUUUAACUUUUUAGCAAAACUGUGUUUGUGGAUUUGGUGUUUAAUUGAUGAUGUGGGACAAGUUUCAGUGUAAGUAAGAGCUGUGUUUGGGGAUCUCUUUGGACGUAUGUAUGUGUUGGGUUUAUAAAGAAGAGAGUUGUUAUGAGACAAUAAUAGAUUGGUUUCUACCA